AGGACGCGCAACAAGGGGCUCAUCAUGGCACCGCUGGGACUAAAAGCCAUCGUUGGAGAAAAGAUCAUGAAUGAUGUCAUCAAGAAGGCACGAGAAAAAGGAAAAUGGAAGGUGCUGGUGGUUGACAAGCUGAGUAUGAGGAUGGUCUCGUCCUGCUGUAAGAUGACAGACAUCAUGUCAGAAGGAAUCACCAUUGUAGAAGACAUCACUAAGCGGCGUGAGCCUCUGCCCAGCAUGGAGGCCAUCUACCUGAUCACUCCUUCAGAUGAGUCUGUCGAGGGUCUGAUUGAUGACUUCAGAGACCCACAAAAUGCGAGGUACCGAGCGGCUCACGUCUUCUUCACAGACACGAUUCCUGACAUGUUGUUCGGACUAUUGACCAAAUCUCGCGCUUCCAAAGCCAUGAAGGCCUUGACUGAGAUCCACAUCGCCUUUCUGCCCUAUGAAUCUCAGGUCUUCUCCCUGGAUAAAGUGGAUGCCUUUCAGGACUUCUACAGCCCGUUUAAGGCUGACGUGAAGAACAACAUGCUGGAGCGCUGUGCUGAGCAGAUCGCCACCCUCUGCUGCACUCUCAAAGAGUAUCCUGGAGUCAGAUACAGAGGGGAGUACAAAGACUGUGCAGUUCUGGCUCAGAUGCUUCAGGAGAAGCUGGAUGGAUACAAAGCUGACGACCCCACCAUGGGAGAGGGUCCAGACAAGUCCCGUACUCAGCUGCUCAUUCUGGAUCGAGGCUUUGAUUGUGUCACACCGGUCCUGCACGAGCUCACGCUGCAGGCGAUGGCCUACGACCUGCUCGGCGUCGAGAACGACGUCUACAGUUUUGAGACCAGCGGGAUGGGAGAGGUGAGGACAAAGGAGGUGGUGUUGGACGAGGAUGAUGACCUGUGGCUGUCUCUGAGACACAAACACAUUGCCGAGGUGUCAACGGCUGUCACUCGCUCUCUGAAAGAAUUCUCUGCCGGUAAAAAGAUGAACACAGGAGAAAAGACCACCAUGAAGGAACUGGCUCAGAUGCUGAAGAAGAUGCCUCAGUACCAGAAAGAACUCAGCAAGUACUCGACCCACCUCCACCUGGCUGAAGACUGUAUGAACCGCUACCAGGGCACUGUGGACAAACUGUGUCGUGUAGAACAGGAUCUGGCGAUGGGCAUGGAUGCAGAGGGAGAGAAGAUCAAAGAUCCCAUGAGGCUCAUUGUUCCCAUUCUGCUGGACGCCAAUGUCAACGUGUCCGACAAGAUCCGAAUCAUCCUGCUCUACAUCUUCAUGAAGAACGGUGUGACUGAGGAAAACCUGUGUAAGCUCCUUCAGCAUGCAAACAUCCCACCAGAGGACAGUGACAUCAUUUCCAACAUGGCUCACUUGGGCAUCCCCGUUAUCUCUGAGGGCACCACCACCAAGAAAGCCAAGAAGCCCGAUCGUAAGGAGCGAAUCAGUGAGCAGACCUACCAGCUGUCCAGGUGGACUCCUCUCAUUAAGGAUCUCAUCGAGGACUCCAUUGAGGACAAACUCGACCCUAAACUGUACCCGUACAUUUCCCAGCGACAAGUUUCUUCAAAAGUCAGCGCUCCAUCGAGUAGUGCGCGUUACGGUAACUGGCACAAGAACCGGGGCCCCACAGAGAUCAAGACGGGGCCCCGGAUCAUCGUCUUCAUCAUCGGAGGGAUGACCUACAGCGAGAUGCGUUGUGUGUACGAGGUCACACAGGCCAACGGAAAGUGGGAGGCCCUGAUUGGUUCCACCCACAUUCUCACCCCCCCUAAAUACAUGAAAGAACUCCAGCACCCAGACUUCCUGGAUCCCAACGCCCCACCAGAGGGCACCGAGGAGCCGCCUGCAGAGUGAAAAACACGUCUGGAGUAUCAGCGGACGUCUUCGCCCCCUCUCGCCUUCUAACAGCCCCCCCUGGAGAAAGAAGAUCAGACGGACCCCCACCUUAACCCCCUAUACCUCCUCCAGCAUUACACAUCAAAUAUACACUUUAUGUUUUAUAUGAUUCAGUCAUUUUUAACUUAUAAACCAGACUUUAAAUAUCAACUUUCAACUGUGACAUUUAUCAGACAUCAGUGGAUGUGUUAAAUAUUGUUUACUGUAUAUUGUGAGAUGUUAAUUAUCGGGGAGACAUUCAUUUAGACGACUGGAUGAGAUUCAAGAGAGUGUCAGGGAUCAAUGAAACUGAAAAAUAACUCCACCGUGGUUCACAGUUCUCUCAGAGCAAAAUGAUGUUCAUGGAUUUCACUUUAUCUUUGCAGUGACUUCUAUAAUUGUCUCUCCCUAACCAGUACACAGUGUCCUCUUCUUUCAUGUUAUUGAGCAGGCUAGUUUUAAUGUAGUGCUUUCCAUUCAGUAGCAAUGAUGCCAUACUGUUCAAAUCAGCAGAUUUAUACAGAGAUGUGUCUGACCCUGGACAUGCAUGCCAACAUAAAAUCACUCUGAUGGUGUAUGUAUAGCAGUAGAUCAAACAUUUGAGCAGAACAUUAUAAAGUUUAGUGGGCUUGUCCUAUUUGUUUUUGACAGUGUUCUUUCCUCCCGUAGAGAUUCAGUUUACUCCUGUUUGACCAUAACGUCGUCAUUUCUUUUGGUUUUGUUUUGUGAUUCUGUAUAACUAGUUAUCUACUGUGUAUGAAGAGAUAUCCAUGUAAAGACAAGUCCGUGCUUUUAUGUCCACAUGAACAUUACUCGC